AUGAAGAGUACUUCUCUGAUAUUCCUGACUCUCUUUGCGUUUUGUAUCGCAGCAAAUAAUAGCAACAGCCAAAGCAAGUAUGAAAGGUUGUCCAAGAUGAAAUCUGGAGGUGUAGUAACCAUGAAUGAUGACAAGUAUACUGAAUACAUGCUUAACGGCGAUCGGGAUUUUGACGCUAUUUUGUUGUAUACCACACUUGGUAGCAGAUAUCGCUGUGUUCUGUGCCCUGCGGCAAACAGUGAGUUUGGAUUAGUGGCUUCUGCGUAUGAAUCUCAAGAGGAGAAGGCAAGCAACAACGUUCUGUUCAUCCGAGUACCCAUCGAUUUGGCUCCCGGCGUGUUCCAGUUCCAUGAAUUCACCACAGCUCCUAUCAUCACAUUCCUUGCCGCCACCGACCGUAUCACCAAACGACUCAACGCGAACAACGACUACCAGCUCGACUAUCCUGUCCUUGCAGAAGGCAUUGCAUCCUACGUCCGUUCCAAGAUCCACACGACCAUCGAAAUCAAGCGCUUCCCUUGGCCUCAAGUCAUCAUCGCCUGUCUCUUCGUUUUUGGACUUCCUCUCAUCGCGUUUAUCUACCUUUUCCAAUACGAGCGCGUCUAUGCCUUCUUCGGAAAGAAGCGAAUCUACCUCGUCAUCUCCCUCCUCGUAUAUGGAAUGGCAGUAACGGGAUUCGCUUAUGAUCUGAUUCACGGACCUGCGUUGUUGAAUUGCGGCCCCAAUGGGUGCUCUCUCUUCGCUAAGGGACCGAACCAGCAGACAAUGGCGGAAGGACUUGUGACUGGAGGACUUUUGAUUGCAUGUGCGGUAAUCUUGAUUAUGCUGAUCGAGAGAACGAAGAAUGAGAAGGUGAGGAUGACGGAACGAACACCCUUUACCUUUACAUGA